AUGGAUAUAAAAUAUGUUUUGUUGUCUGAUUUUGAGAAAGUUUGUCGUAUUUGUAUGAAAUUUGACAAAACUUUCUUAUCAAUAAAUUCGUUUCAAAUAAUUGAUAUGAUAAUAGCAUGUGCUUCUGUACAGAUUUGGGAAAAUGAUGAUCUACCAAAUCAAAUAUGUGACGGAUGUUUCCUUCAAUUACAAAAUACCAUCAAUUUUAAACAGCUAUGUGAAAAUUCAGACGUUGCAUUUCGUCAAAUUAUUGAACAGAGUAAGAACAAAAUAUGGAAUAAUCAAAAUGAAUUGGACAACGUAAAAAAAGAAGAUGUAGAUGCUUUUAAUUAUCCAGUUUACGUCAAAGAAGAAAAUGAUGUUGAAACUGUUGCAACUCAAAACAAGGAUGAUGCCAAAAAAUCAAAACAAAACAACCUUGAAGAAACGGUGGAAAUUCAAAAUAAAGAUAAAUCAGAAUUGAGUCGAAAAAAUAAAAGGAAAAAAAGCAUUCCAUAUAAAUUUGAAGAAGAAAGUGAUGGUUGUGAAAAUAUAAAUGAUGAAAACGAUUCUAAUUAUGACAGUGAAAACGAAAAGUUAUCCGAUUUAAAAGGACAACUACCGCAGAUAAGUGAAUAUGAAUGUGAAACAUGUUCUAAGACAUUUAAAAAAGUGGGUGAACUUGGUAGACAUAUGAAAGAAGUGCAUAAAGCAGAAGGUGUUAAAUGUGAAAAAUGUUCAGUUGUUUGUUAUCAUUCGUUACAUUUACGUGCCCAUGAAAAGUCACAUAACAAUUUAUGUAGUGUUUGUAAUUCAUCGUUUUCGACGCGAAAAAAAUUAACACAACAUAAAUUAACGCAUAAAAAAUCAUUAAAAUGUGAAACGUGCGAGGAAACAUUCCGAACAAAAGUAAAUUUAAGAAAACACGUUCGUCAAAUGCAUCCAAAUGUGAGCCCCCCGAAAGUGAAGCGCGAAGAAGAAAAUGUAAGUUGCGAUGUUUGUGGCAAGGUAGUACGUCGACGUAAUUUAUCCACGCAUAUGCUAUCACACAGAGAACGUGAUAAUCUUAACUGUCGGUAUUGUGAAAAAGUGUUUUUAUCACCUGAAGCACUUAAGGAUCAUAUGGAAGUUGACCACAAGAAAUGUGUAUGCGAUCAUUGUGGACUUAGAUUACGUUCUAAUAAAUUAAAAAGACAUUUAUUAACGCAUACAAAAGAACGUCCUUUUGCCUGUGAUCGAUGCGAUAAAAGUUAUGCUGAAAAAUAUCAAUUAAAACAGCAUAUAUCACGUACUCAUUUGAAGGAACGUAAUUUUAUUUGUACGUUCUGUUCACAAGGAUUUUUUGAUAAGAAAAUCUUAUUGAAUCAUGUGAGACGGCAUACUGGCGAAAAACCGUUUAAAUGUCAAAUGUGUGAAAAAAGGUUUAUACAAAAGGUUGCUCUAACUGUUCAUAUGAAAACGCAUAUAAAUACCAUGUAA